AUGCUUCAAACCACCCAAGCUUUAACUUCAUGGAGUUGGGAGGCUAGCAUGCCUAUCCCUCUGCCUCUCCUGCUCACAGCGGGUCGAGUGAUGCUAGUAGUUAUAGCAGUGGUAGUUGUAUUCGAUCAGCAUAGUGAAACUGUGCUUUGCAAUCCCAAUGAUCCAGAUUCGGUUGCCAGUGAGGAGGAAGAUCGACCCAGCAACGGCAAUAUUCAGUUACUAUCUGACGAUGAACAGGGCAGGGAACCUGACCCCAAACCUAAUUCGGAUCCAACAAACGAUGAUGAGCAUUCGGAGCAUAAUGGAAAAAAUGGGAAUGAGCCUACAAAGCCACCAGGGCAUAGGCUUCGUUCGGUCUAUCGGGGUCAUCCUGUAUACACAACUCAGGAGCAGAGAAACAAUAUAUAUGACGCUUUGGACAUCUUGACCGGCAUAGUAGAAGACUCUAUACAGCGCAGAAAUGCAUCAAGGACUCCAGAAAAUAGGGUAGCAAACUUCUUUAGCAUAGACUGGACCGACCAAACUAGCACUAAACUCUGGCCCUCUUCAAAAUGA